AAUGAGUUCAAGACUACCAAACGAAUGUUACCAACAAAUUUUUAGUAAUGUACAAGAUACUAAAACGCUAUUCUCCAUUAUUCAAGUAAAUCAUACAUGGUGUGAAAAUGCUAUUAUCUUUUUAUGGAAAAAUCCGUUUCGUAAAGAAAUUGAUUAUAAUCAUACAAAAAUCAUUCCCGUUUUACUUUCGUUCUUAAAAAAGGAUAAAAAUACUUUCUUUGAUUAUCCUAGUUUUAUUACUCAUUUAGAUUUUGAUAAUCUUUUCAGGAUCACUUCGAAGUUUUACGAUAAUAAUGAAAAUGAAGUUGAAUACUUUAUGGGUUUAAUGGAACAAGAUGAUACAUUACCUUCAAUAUUUUCUAAAUUAGAAUAUGAUAAGUGGCCAGGAUUCGGACAAAUUUGG